AGCCGCAGCCUUGGUGCUUCAAACAAGCUCGUAAGGCGUGUUGAACAGCCAAAUGGAAGGAGCCUACCCGGCAGAACCCAUGAUGUACACGCAGGGGGCUGCACCUUAUUCUGCGCAACCUAUGACCUACUCGGCAGGUCCUGUCACAUAUUCCGCGUCCCCCUAUGCUCCGAGCUCGGCGAUGCCGUUUGCUGGUGCUCCGGGCUCUUUGGACCACGCCCAGGGCAAGUGGUUUGCUCCGGGAGAGGCUCUGCCCCCGGGCUUCGUGGUGACGGCGCACCCGGAGGGCCACACCGCGCCCGCCGAGACCCACGCCAUGUCGGACAAGGCGCGAGAGAGCUUCGUGGUCAGCUCUGGACUUCCCAUGAAGACUGGCACCGCUUCCUCUUCGAAGGCCGACUCCGGCUAUGGCUGGCAGCGGGUGGCGGGCUAUUCGGCGGAAACCAAGAAGAGCAAGAAGAAGAAGUCCAGCGGCUGCUGCUGAGCGAGGGCACAUUUCGUCCAUACAGAUCUUCCUCAGGGGGCUAUGCCGCUGGGGAAGGUAUGAGAUUUUGCUGUGAUUCAGGGAGGCACACCAUGUGCUGCCUUGAAUCACUCGCCCUUUUGCCAAAUGAACCUAUCCUGAUAAUUAGCCCCCUUCCGGCUUUCCGGCUG